AUGUUGAGAAAUAUUGUAACCAGAAAUGGUGCAAGUGUAAGAGCUUUGCAUUCUUUGAGAACACAGACGAUACCUCAUAGUAUCCCUAAACCAACUGAACAAAUACCUGACGCUUCAACUUUCCUAAAUGUUAUUGGAAGGAACUGUAGUGAAUUUGCAGAUGCAUAUGAGAAUCAAUGGGAUAAUUUAUUUAAAUGGGAUUCUCGUGUGAUGAAGGAGAAAGGUAUCCCUACUCAACAACGUAAAUAUAUUUUAUUCCAAUUGGAAAAGUUUCGUGAUAAACAAGAAAUUGUAGCUAUAGAUAAAGGUAAGAAAUCAUUCUUUGGGGGUGAAAGGACCAGAAAGGAGAAGAAGGCUAAAUGGUUAGCAGAACAAAGGCAAAAUGAAAAGUAA